AAAAUCGAACUCAUCAACCCUCAACAUUUCUGCGGCAAACAGCAAUCGAAUUUCACUAACAGGAAAACGUUCUCAUUUUUUCCCUCAAACUGUUUCGAUUUCAGCUCUCACAGUGCAAGAAUGGCGUCGGAGUCUGCCGAGAGGAAGAAAGCUUAUCGGAAGUCCAGGAAGCGAGCUCGAGGCGAGAUGGACCAGCAGCUCGAACGGUUGGAGUCGCUGCCGUGGAGCUCCUCGCUUCCAGCGAGUAAUGGCGGCGCUGACGAUGAUCUCUCUCUUUUCAUCGGCUCUAACGAACUUGAAGGAGGAUUUCUUACUCUUGAAGAGAUUGAUGAAGCAGAGUAUGGGUUGGAAAUUCCCAAUGUCAAGGUUGAAACUGAGAGAAAAAAGUUAAAAGGAAAAAAAGAAUCAAAGAGAAGUGAGCUAAAUGAAGGGGGUGCUGAUGAGAGAUUGGAUGCUGAGCUUUAUGGUGAAUGUAAGGAUAAGGAUGAAGAAAGCAAAGAGGAUAAUGAGAAGAAGCAGAAGAAGAAGAAAAAGAAGAAGGAGGGAAAGAAAAAGAAAAAAGAUAUUCAGAAGAAUGAUGAGACCGAUAAAGCACAGGAAAAUUCAGAGACAACUACUGCUAGUGAUGCAAAGGAGGGUUGCAAUGUUGAAGAGGAAUUAAUUGAUGAAGACGAAUAUUAUGCAUGGAAUGAGCUGAGACUUCAUCCCAUGAUUAUGAAAUCAAUAUACAGGCUCAAGUUUAAGGAACCCACCCCAAUACAGAAAGCUUGUAUUCCUGCUGCUGCUCAUCAAGGAAAGGAUGUAAUUGGUGCUGCUGAGACAGGAUCUGGUAAAACUCUUGCCUUUGGGUUGCCUAUAUUACAGCGUCUUCUGGAAGAACGAGAAAAGGUGGAGAGGCUCAUGGUCGAAAGAGCAGAUGCCAAUGAUGGGAUUGCUCCAAAAGGUGUUCUACGCGCUCUCGUUGUUACCCCUACGAGAGAGCUUGCACUUCAGGUGACAGAUCAUCUCAAGGCAGUUGCAUUAGGCACCAAUGUUAGGGUAGUUCCUAUUGUUGGUGGCAUGUCAACUGAGAAGCAGGAAAGACUUCUGAGAGGAAGGCCUGAAAUUGUUGUUGGAACACCAGGGAGACUGUGGGAACUUAUGUCAGGUGGAGAACCGCACCUCGUCGAGAUGCACUGCUUGUCAUUUUUUGUGUUGGAUGAGGCUGACCGCAUGAUUGAAGCUGGUCAUUUCCGUGAGUUACAAUCUAUCAUCGACAUGCUUCCAAUGGGCAAGGAAUCAACUGAGAGUCAGCCUGAGAAUACACAAAACUGUGUGACUCUUGCAAACCUUCCUAGGAAGAAAAGACAAACCUUCGUGUUUUCUGCAACUCUGGCAUUAUCAGCUGAUUUCCGUAAGAAGUUGAAGCAUGGGUCUUUGCGCGCGAAAAAAGAUGAUCUUAGUUCAUUUGAGACCCUUUCACAAAGAGCUGGAAUGAGACCUAACACUGCUAUAGUGGAUCUAACCAGCUCUUCAAUUUUAGCAAACAAACUUGAGGAAUCAAUUAUUGAGUGUCAAGAAGAUGAAAAGGAUGCCUAUUUGUAUUAUAUAUUAAGCAUUCAUGGACAAGGCCGUGCGAUUGUCUUUUGCACCUCAAUUGCAGCUCUGCGCCGCAUUUCUUCAAUAUUGCGUAUCCUCAACAUAGAUAUAUGGACCCUUCAUUCAGAAAUGCAGCAGAGAGCACGCCUAAAGUCCAUAGAUCGUUUCCGUGCAAAUGAACAUAGCGUUCUUGUUGCUACAGAUGCUGCAGCACGAGGGCUUGACAUUCCUGGUGUUCGAACCGUCGUUCAUUACCAGCUUCCACUUUCGGCUGAAGUAUAUGUUCAUAGAUGUGGAAGAACAGCUAGGGCUUCUACGGAUGGUUGCAGCAUUGCUCUAAUAUCACCAAAUGAUGCAUCGAAAUUCGCAUCUUUGUGCAGAUCCUUUUCAAAGGAAAGUUUCCAGCGGUUUCCUGUUGAGGUCUCAUACAUGCCAGAGAUAAUGAAGCAAUCAUCUCUUGCACAUCAAAUAGACAAGAUUGUCAGAAAGGGUUCCCAGGAAAAGGCUGAGAGAAGUUGGUUGGAGCGAAAUGCUGAAUCAGUUGAAUUGAUUUUGGAUGAAAAUGACAGUGAGGAGGACAGAGUGAAGAAAUAUCGGCAAAACAAAGCCCAAUCAAAUAAGUUGCAGCAGUUGCAGCAGGAACUCAACACGCUACUAUCCAGACCAUUACAACCCAGAACAUUUUCAAAGCGCUUUGUGACUGGGGCUGGUGUAUCUCCUCUUCUUCAACAUCAAUUUGAAGAAAUUGCAAGGAAAAAACCUGGGGAUUCGAAUGAGUUAGGUCCGAACAAAAGGAGAAGGUUGGUCGUUAUAGGCCAAGAUUGUGUAGAACCACUACAGGCAUUGCGUAGUGCAAGUAAUGAGCCACGCUUGGAUCUCAAAGUGAUUGCAGAAAAGCAGAGAAGUUCAAACGACUUGAGAAGGAAGAGGAAAGAGAUGAAGAAACGUUUGCACGAGCAAAGACGAAAGCAAAGGAAGAAGCUGCAGCAACGGGAAGGUUAGCUUAUGCAAUCGAGCAAAACGCUUCAUGCUUUAUCAGGAAAAUGUGAUGCACCUAAGCUAGAUCAUUGCCUAACCAACGGGUUCUAUUGCUGUUUCGAUUCUAGCUCAUUUUUGUUAGAUGCAAGGCUCUGCUAGAAUGGGCAAACUUGCAUACCCCCACCACUCUAGAUUUCUCUUCAUCUUCAUAGAAAACAAACAGAAGUUAGUGAUUGCAAAUGACAAUAAUAGACUUUCAAACCUCUACUGUACACCUAAAUUGAAUGAGUUUUUGAUUUUGAUCAAUAUUAUAUAGUCGAUGGAGAUUUGCAUUCA